ACAGAGAACUGAAUAGAAUAAAAAAUUUCAAGUAUUUUUCUACAGUAUUAUGUACAAUUUAAUUUAAUCAGUAGAAAACAAUACGAUUCUCUCUAUAAUUAGAUUUUAAAAUAAAUAACUGAAAAUAUUAUUGUGAUUGAUAUACUGUGUCAUGCGACUGAAUCUCGAAUGUGUUUGAUUUCAUAAAUUCCUAUAUGAAACAUGGUGUCAGGUGAAAACAAUAUAAAAAAGAUCCUUAGUGUUGUAUUUAGUGUAAAACACAAAAAGAAAAUAAUAUAAUAUUAGUAAUAAAAUAUCUAUAUGUACUUCAUAGUUGGGGCAGCUUGAGGUCGGCUAAGGGGUGCUAAGAAAUAAAAGAUAAUGGAAGACAACAAAAUGGAAAAAAUAAUGAUAGGAUCCAUAAAGCCGCCUGUGGGAUAUACAAUAAUUGAUGGAGACUCAUGGAAAAAGUAUAAGCAGAUAUUCAACCUAUAUUUAGUAGCAACAGGGUUGGAAAAAGAAGAGGAUGAAAGAAAAAUUGCAGUUUUCCUAUCAUGUGCAGGAGACGAGAUGCUGGAUGUAUACAAUGGAUUAGGAGUGAUAAAGAGUUGGAAGGCAUUAGAGGAAAAUCUGAACAAUCACUUUGGUACCAAAAAUAACACAGUGGCCAAUAGUUACAAUUUUUUUAAUUUAAGGCAAGAGGAAGUAGAAAAUGUAGAUCGUUUUAUUACAAGGCUUAGGAAUGCAGCUAAUAACUGUGAUUUUAAAGAAGCAAAGAGAUUGAUAAGAGAUCUCUCAAUCGUUAAUUCUUGGAGGCUUUACAAGAACGAUUGUGUCGCAAAUAAAUUUCCCAGAAAAGACACAAUGCCACUUCUUGACUUCCGCAUGGAUGUUGCUAACAGUUUAUCAUCUUUACCCGAUCGUAGACCAAGAGAAGAUUGCGACGAAGAUAUAACUGCUCGAGUACCUCGUCGGGAUUAUAAAAUAUAUAGGCCAUCAUUAGCACCCACGGAAUCAAAAAGAUAUGAUGGCUAUGAACAUUACCCUAUUAGUGAUGAUAUAAAAGCGCCGAGAUCUUGCAGAUUAGAAGACUGUAACAGUCGAUCUAAAAUAAAAUGCGAGAAAUGUGAUGUUUAUUUGUGUUUGUCUCGUAACAAAAAUUGUUUUAAGACUUAUCAUAAGAAGUAGACUGAUUUUCUCUGUCUCUAAUUUUUUUGAAAGCUUAUUUGUCGGUUGCAUCGUCAACCAAGAAAUUUCGGAGCCCUGGGCCCGGUUUCUACUUAUUAAUAAGGCUGAUUAAUGUUACUAAAUAUAGUUCCUAAAAAAAUUGCCGAAACUGUAACGGUUGAUCUCUUUAAAAUUUAUGUUAUAAGAAUA